AGUCCCGAAACGAAAACCUUUCGAGUAAUUUAAACCAAACCGGAAUGGGCUCGGUAGGAAGUCGUCAGCUCAACCCCGUCCAACUGUGUGACCACCAGCAGGCCACGGGGCUGUCCGCAGAGCAGCUAGAGCAACUGCACACGCGGUUCAGCAGCCUGGAUCGCCACCAGCGCGGCUAUUUGACGCCCACCGACUUGCUGCGCAUUCCACAGCUAUCGCUCAACCCGCUUCACCGCCAGAUCAUCGACGGCUUCUUCCCCAGCCGUGACCCUAGCGCUCGCAUCGGCUUCAAGCAGUUCGUGGACACUUGCUCCACCAUUUUGGUGCCACAGUUUGGCCGCGGCUCAGUGAGGCGGCGCGACGGGCGUGUUCAGAAGCUUCACCUCCUGUCCAAGAUGUUUGACACACGGCGCAGCGGCUGCAUCACACGCUCCGACUUCCGCCAGAUCAUGCGUUGCAUUGUCAAUCUGGCCUGGAGUCAGCAACAGGAUCAGGAACGUCAGGAGGGGCUUUCCGAGAACCGUUUGCCUGAGGUGGAGGCCGAAUUGCAACUUUUAGAGCAUCAGGCCUUUGGCCUCUGCUGCGACCAUAUCUCUUAUGGGGAGUUCGAGAAGCGCCUGUUGAGUGCGGACGUCGACAGACGGCUGUCGAUCGCCAAGUGGCUGGAGGACGAUGACGAGGCCGAAGCCGGGAUGGGACUGCCAGUUGGCUCAGGCCCAUAAAACACCACACCCCAAAUCACUCAUCCUUGUCAUGUUGUGUUUGUGUUUUCAAUAUAGCAAUCAAUUCCAUCCAGAGAGAUAGGACUCAGGGAAUCCUCCUUUAUCGGUGUGGGUACUAGGAAAAUUGUAGUCCAAAUUGAGCAAAUAUAAUUUCAAUCUUUACACUUAAUUUACAAAGGAAUUAGGUCACAAAAUAGUAUGCGUUAAGUAAAAAUAUGA